AGAAAAUCAGAAAAACCCAUUUAUGAGAGCGCCGCGGGUAAUCUUCUUCCUAAGAUAUCUGGCAUUUCGACCACCGUCUGAGGGAUAUGUUGUGAGAAUGGGGACUUUGGAUGGACGACCGAUGUUUGCGAGGGUUUGUUGUGAGGGCAGUAUAAUCGAUCGUGCUACUGAUUUUCAAGGGACGCGCUUGGCCGGGCACGGGCCUGCUGGGAUGUGUUGUCCGAUGAUGAGCACCAUACCCUUGCUUCUUGAUAGCAUAGUUGGCACCAUAGGCGAGCACCCGCUUCGUUCCAUCGCAGUACGUAAGCAAAAUAUGGAGCAUAUUAUAUGGGGGGCUUUUCUAUGAGGCAGCUUUUCGUUAAAAA